AUGGCGCCGCAGUCUGAAGUGUACCAGAAGAUCAAUCUGGAGGAUGGAGUGUUUCACGAGAUACCUUAUCGUAUAAGCCAGUUCAAGCGGCGAGAUCAUUCUCCUCAUUACUCGGAUGAAGGAAAUUCUUUGCCACCCGCGAUGAAAUACUAUUUAGGAAUAGCCAUUUAUCACACGAAGGCGCAAUUAAAAUACCCAUAA